AUGGCCGCCGCAUCCACGAGCGUGCCCUUCGCGCAAGCCCUCCUGCAGCGCGCCCACUCCCCCGAGACCGCAGCAUCCCACUACAAUGACCGCAUCGCACACCGCCCGCUCCAAAUCCGCGCCUCCUCCCCCACGCCCUCGGCACGCGCAACGCGGCGAAAAGCGCUCACCGAGCGCCGCGACAAGCGCAAACGCAACGCGCAGACCCCGCGGCCCCUCUCCGCCGCACAGAAGCGCAGACUGGGACUGAACGAAAUUCCCAAAGAGCAACAGAAAUACGCCAUCUACGUGCCGCUGCACGAGCUGUGGCUGGGGUACAUGCGCGAGAUCCUGGGCCUCACGGGGGCGCAGCGCGGCGCCUUCGUCACGCCCGCGUCGGCUGGGCAGAUGCUGGCGAGCGCCGACAUGCACGGUGCGAAGCUGCGCGUGGUGCGGAGCCGCUGUGUAGGGCGCGUUGGGCUGGAGGGCAUUGUGGUGCGGGACACGCGGUAUACGUUUGAGAUUGUGACGGAGCAUAAUGUUGUAAAGGCUUUGCCGAAAGAACACACGGUUUUUGGGUUCAGCAUAUCGCUUGCGCAUGUUGAGGCGAAAGAGGGGGAAGAGGCGCAGGCGCCGAGGCCGCUGCAGUUUGAGAUAUUUGGCGAGCAGUUCCAGACCAGAGCUCCGGAUCGCGCGAACCGGAAGUUCAGGCUGCACUAUCAGCCGGAUCUGUGA